GGGAGAACGGACGCGUAACUGUAAAGAGAGCUUGAGUUAGCUAGAGUGACAUCAAACGGAGUUCGCGCAGCAGUGUUGAGCUGGGUUCUGGUGAAUCCAAUUAUGAUUGGCAUCAAACAAAGAAGAAGCUGUGCACAACACCUUGAGUAACUCAGUGGAGAUCAAAGGGCGCCUUCAGGGAAGGUCGUAACAAGCAGUGAAGUGGUAAUAUUCCCGGAGGUUUUUCUGCUCGUCCGAGAGGAGAGCUUGUUAGGGGUAAAGUGUCAUCAUCGCCGCUGAUGGGCAGCAUCCACCGGAAGUGACUGUGACAUCUCAUCUCUUCGCUGGGAAAUGAAUAACUCGCUCUGUGUGUUUUGAGUGAGUUUUGUGUUGAGCAGUGAAUGACGCCAAAGAAAGUAAUUCAAGUGGCAACAGGAAAAUGAUUUGAAUAUUGCACCAGAGGGAGCGAGGUGAGGCUUUCCACGUGAAAAGUGUGCUUUGAGAAGGAGUUGAAGAGAGUGGGUGGCAGCAAAAAGUGACACACAUCACACGACAACCCCCCGUUCGUAAAGGUGGCAGCUCUACGAGGAGGAGAAGCAAAGCUUCCGACACGCAAGACACCGUGCUUUAUGGAGACGACGAGUGCUGGAAAAGCGAAAUCUUUACAUCACCUGGAGCUAUCAACCUCUCGAGGGAUUUAAUUACGGAGUAGGUGGAAGUAAGUGGGGUGGAAAACGGAAAAUCGCUUCGGAAGCGCGUACAGCACAAAAGUGAAAAAUCAUCGAACAUGUGGACCUCCCCGGCGCUCCACGUGGUUCGGCCCGCAAGAGUGCACUAAAAGCUUGGUUGUUUUUUGUUCAGUUUUGCCCAGUUUUUGCGCGAGUUCAUCAGAGUUUAACCUAGUGAAAGUGAAGUGUUCGAGUUUAAAGUUUAACGCGAGGGGAGCAAUGUGUGAUUUGAAAAUUUGGCUUGGACCGCCCGAAACGGGGUCGGUGAGUCCGGUUUGAAAAGUGAGCAAAAUAUAGCAAAAAAUUAAAAAAAAUAGAAUACAGCAAAAAACACACAGAACACAUUCGUCAUACUUGAUCUAGCUAGGCGAGAGAGGGGGAGUCAUUUUUCAGCCGGAAGCUGAACUGUUUUUCACCACUUUCCGAAGCAGCAGUUUGGGCAGUGGGAGCGCCGGAAGGAAGCAAAAACCGAAAGUUGAACUGUUUGGCGGAAAAAAAGUAUUUGGAAGCAAAAAAAGAGAGAGGACGAACCCGGCAGCCACCAUGGAAUCCAUCUACGGCACCAACAAGAACAAGUAUCUGCAGAGUCUGACCGCAGGAAGUGACUUUUACAGAUGUCCCAGCACAAUUAGACCGAUGGCGGCGGACUACUCGUCCUACCAGAACACCCUCGGCCGGCGGUCCAUCAUCGGCGGUGGCCUCGGCUCGGUCAUCGGUGGCCACGGAGGUGGCGGUGGCGGCGGCGGGACGGCCCCGUACACCCACAUGAGCAAGUACUCGUACCCGACGGACGUGAGCAUGAGCAGCCACUACGGGUACACCUCGUGGGGACUUUGGCGCGACAGCCGGAACCUGUCCUCGUCGAUGUACGGCAAGAAGCAGCAGCAGCAGAAGAACUUCCGGUCCGUGUCGAUCUUGCUGAUGACGGCGGCCUUCCUCGUGGUGCUGGCCGUGCUGUGCGUCGUCGGGCUGGCCUUCUAUUUUAGUGCCUUCAAGGGGGAUCUGAGCGAGUCCAUCCUGGUGUUUGACUGCACGUUCCGCGUGACCCGCGGGGACAUCUACACGACCGGCCUGCGCACCAACUCGACGCCCGUGUUCCGCCAGAAGACGGCCUUCUACGAGCGGCUCGUCGGCACGUCGCUGGAGCAGAGCGGUCUCACCGUGUCCCGCACGGAAAUUAUGGACUUUGGCGACGGGCCAACGAUUGUGCUGAGCUUCCGGGUCUUUCUGGACAUGCGGAAGAUUAAAAUCACGAUUAACAACGUCGAGGAGCACAUCCGGCAGGCGAUUCUGAGCGAGCUGGCCAAUCCGCACUCGACCUUCAAGAACAUACGCGUGGAUCCGGACUCGAUAGAAAUCAAACGGCUGCUGGACCACGACGUGCUGAGGACGGCAUUUUUGACGAAGGAAGAGCCCUUCCCGCCACCGUACAAAAUCUCAGAAGACCGCGUCGGACCGCCAGCUAAAAAGUCCGGCGUGAUAGAAAAAACCAUCCACAAGUUCACGCCCAAGGUGACGGUGUCGACCACUCCCUCAACGCCCCCGGCAAGCCAACCCAAGAGACAGCAGCAUCAGCCCCAGCAUCCGCAGUCCCAGGGGGUGGACGGAGAGUCUGACAUUGACAUGGAUAAUUUACCGGUCAUCCAGGGAUCGUUCGAGAUUACGAAAACAGACGCGGACAUCACGCAGAAGCGCAGCGGUGGAGGAGGUACUUCCCCAGCAAUGUCAACGCUUAAACCGUUCGCCGUUAGUCCGGCUCAGUUAAAGGUCCGCGGAGCGGACAAGAAGGCUCAACCGGAAGAGAAAGUAACUCCGGUUCCACCUCCGUCAUCUUCGAUGCGUCCUGCCACGGCCAAAAUCGAGAAAACGGACAAGCACGGUGCGACAACGAAGAAACUUAAAUCUACCAGCAGUCGGGGCACGGCCCGAAGGUCAUCGACUUCUACCUCAACGACGACGACCACGACUACGACGACUCCAGCUACGACUACGACUACGUCGACCACCCCCAGGACGACGAUUAGGAGUACGACGGGUAGUACUACGACGGAGUUCGAUUCAUUCGAGUACGACUUGGUGACGGACUACUCGAUUACGGACCGGAACGACACCCUGCUGGAGAACUUCCUACAGGCCAUCAUCAACGACAGUCUUCCGGAGGAGGUGGCGGUGGCGCAGAAGCGGUUGGACGAGAACAUCCCGAAGCUGGACGUGAGUCUGUUUACGAGCGCCCCGAUCCUGGACAAGCAACCGUGGCAGCCGAUCCGGGCGACGGUGCCGAAAGAGAUCCCGGUGCACAAGUUUGUGGGGAACUCGGUGAAGCCGUUGCAGCCGACGCCACCCCGUCAGAAGAAGCCGACCCUGGCCGAGGAGAUCUUGUACCGGAGCAAGUACAGUGACAUCGAGAGUGCACUCUACACCGAAAGUCCUGCCGGGCAGGUCUACUACCAGAGUUACACGAACCCUAGCUUCGGUUCUUCGACGCUGGGAAUCGAACCACUAGGAGUGCUCGACGUGCGGCCGUACCCGCUGCCGGUGGACAAGAUCUCGCUGGGGCCGGUGCCGAACUUUAAGUACAUGACGCCGACGGCGAUCAGCGAGGGCGAGAAGGUGCUGAACUUGACGAUUGACGAGCAAAAGUUUGAACACUUGGGCGGUGGGGUGAUCGUGAAGAAGCCGGAGAACAAGACGACUCCGUACCGGACUACGACGGAGAGCAUGAAGACGAGCGUGAUUACGGUGACGCCGGUCUACGUGGAGGCGAGCAGCGAGAAUUUGGUGAACUCGACGGACGAGUACGUGGAAUACUACCAGGUUGACGCUUUGAACUACACGGAGACGACUACGGUGAUGGACGAGUACAACGAAACGAUGGACUACGGCAUUGAGUCUCGGAUUGUUCCGGACGAAGAACUGUUCACCACCGAGGAAGUUGCAACGGUUUCCACCGCAAACGAAGCAGUGGAGAACUUCACCGAGCUGUCCUACGAAUUUGGAACUAGUGAAUCGCUGAUCACUACAACGGAACUCCCGCCGGAAGAACCCACCCCGAUCCCGACCACCGAAUUGUUCAUGACGGUCACGGAGACCACGACAACGGAGCAACCCCCAACAACAACCCCCUCGACAACGACAACAACAACAACAACGACCACCAGCAAGCGACCGACGACCUUCGUCGAGAUCGAAACGCUCAAGUACAGCCCGACAACGACCGGCGCACCCGCCACCGUCACCAUCCCCGAGCUGUUCCCAAUCAACAAGUGGGAGUUCGUAAACGGAUCGCGCGUAACCCCGAACGCACCCUCCACCCGCAAGGUAUUCAACGAAACGCUGCAAGCUUGGAUCGUCGAGAACGUGCAGCUCUCCACGACCGUGCCGAGUGUGCCGAUCGAAGACCUGCGCCGCAAAAACACCACCAAUCUGCAGAACCUCUCGGUGAUCUUCGACACACUGGCCUCCAAGUUGGGCAUCCAGACCGAGAGCACCAGCAAGGCUCCACCGUUCGCGUCACUAGCCAAAAUCAAGAACAAGAACUCGUCCAGCCGGCUGGAAGGAUCCACCACCAAGAAGCGAAACCGAACGACCACGCGACCCAAGCGCAAGAAGAACAAGAACCGAACGACCACCACGACUACAACUUCUACUACGACCACAACCCAAGCCCCAACGACCACCACCACCACCACCAUCAAACCCAUCUACGAUACCACCCCCCUCUCCAAGCUCAUCCCGACGGUCACCAACGAGGACUACCUGGGGGACAUCGUCCCCGUCAUGCUGGCCCCCGCCGGCCCCCCAGAAUUCUCCUCCGAAUACUACGUGGGCCAGGCCGAAGUCGAGGUGAUCGACCCGAACCACUACGACGAAAUGAUGCGCCAGCAGCAGCACCAGCACCCAACAACCUUGGCCACGUCGGCGGCGUUCGCCACCACCACCCCGAAACCGGCCGCCCUCGUGACGCUGCUGCCGGCCAAGUCCAACUCGGGCAUCAAGCACUUCCGGCCAAAGAUCGCGAAACUGCCGGCGCUGCAACCGUCCGCGCUCGUUUCGCUGGCGGCGGCCGCGGCUCGGCAGAAGAACAAGGAGGAGGAGCAGGAGACGGGACGCAAAAUGAGCGCGACGGUAACGAAUGCAAAUGGCGGCAGCUGGGUUGCCAUCAGCGGUGAUUUUGGCGGAAGUGUUGCGGAGGAGGGGCGGGACAGUGGUCGGGAAGUUGGCGAGGAGAAGAAUAAUACCGUCGUGGAGGCGGUUGUGAGGGCGAGCAUGAGGUUUGAUGAGUGAGGGGGGAUGGAGAGA